CAUUGAUGAUUGGCUUCCGAUCACGUCCUCCCGGAACGCGAAAUGGUGGUACUCUGCAUUCCACAAUGUGACCGCCAUGGUUGGGGCUGGCAUCCUCAGUCUCCCUUACGCCAUGGCAGGGCUUGGAUGGGGUCCUGGGGUGGUUAUUCUUGUUCUGUCAUGGAUCGUCACAUUGUACACUCUAUGGCAAAUGGUUGAGAUGCAUGAAAUGGUUCCUGGAAAGCGGUUUGACAGAUACCAUGAGUUAGGACAGCAUGCCUUCGGUGAAAAGCUUGGCCUCUGGAUUGUGGUGCCUCAACAGGUGAUUGUAGAAGUGGGUGUUAACAUUGCCUACAUGAUCACCGGAGGCAAAUCCUUGCAGAAGUUCCAUAACACAGUCUGUCCCGACUGCAAACCCAUCAGGACCACCUACUUCAUCAUGAUUUUUGCCUCUUGUCACUUUGUUCUCUCCCAUUUGCCCAAUUUCAACUCCAUCAGUGGUGUCUCAUUUGCUGCCGCAGCCAUGUCCUUAGCUUACUCAACUAUUGCUUGGACAGCUUCGGUUCAUAAGGGUGUCCAACCAGAUGUGCAGUAUUCGUACACAGCUUCCACCACAGCUGGAAGAGUCUUCACCUUCUUUAGCGCCUUGGGUGACGUAGCAUUUGCCUAUGCUGGUCACAACGUGGUGUUGGAGAUCCAAGCAACAAUUCCUUCCACCCCUGAGAAGCCUUCCAAGGGACCCAUGUGGAAAGGAGUCGUUUUCGCUUAUAUUGUUGUUGCCAUCUGCUACUUCCCUGUUGCCCUGAUUGGAUACUGGAUGUUUGGGAACAGCGUUGCUGAUAAUAUCCUCAUCACACUGGAGAAGCCACGUUGGCUAAUAGCAGCAGCCAACAUGUUUGUUGUCAUCCACGUUAUUGGAAGCUACCAGGUAUUUGCAAUGCCAAUGUUUGACAUGUUGGAAACAUUGUUGGUGAAGAAACUGAAAUUCACACCAUGUUUCAGGCUUCGCCUUAUUACCCGCACUCUAUAUGUUGCUUUUACUAUGUUCAUUGGUAUGCUGAUCCCUUUCUUCGGUAGUCUCCUUGGAUUCUUGGGAGGAUUGGUUUUUGCCCCAACAACAUACUUUCUCCCUUGUAUCAUGUGGCUUGCUGUUUACAAACCCAGAAGGCUUAGUUUAUCAUGGUUUGCAAAUUGGAUGUGUAUAGUACUGGGAAUAAUAUUGAUGAUUCUAGCUCCCAUUGGUGCACUAAGGCAGAUCAUCCUUCAAGCCAAGACCUUCAAGUUGUUCUCAUGAUGAUCUUCCCAUUGUAUGGUAGUA